CAGCAGGAGGGCGGAGUCUAGGCUGAUAAAGGGCUCAAAGUUGGCGCAGUCCGGUGAGCCAAGGGGGUGGGUGCAGGGCGAGGAGUGGCUGGAGAGCUAGAGACAGGGUUUCGGCAACUCUAUUUGGCCCCUGUGGGCGGCGUUCCUCCAACGCGCAGUCACGCCCUCACCUGACCAGAUCGGGGAAUUUCCAGUUCCUCACCCCAGCCUUAGAAGGAAAAUGAAAGUGAAAGGGGAAGAAGAGACUUGGUAGGAGAGAUCGUAGCACCAUGAAGCCUCUGCUCCUGCUCGUCGCUGUGGCACUGGGCCUGGCGACCGUCGUCUCCGUCGUCUCGGCUGGACCAGAGGCGAUCGAGUGCUGGUUCGUGGAGGAUGCAGGUGGGGGUGGCCUGUCUAAGAAACCUGCCACAUUGCUACUGCGCCAUGGACCCAGGGGACCGCCGCCGCGGCCAGAUCUUGACCCAAAGCUAUACUUCAAGGUGGAUGACCCGGCGGGAAUGCUCCUGGCUGCCUUCAGGCGGUACCCCGCAGGCGCCUCCGCCCCACACUGCGAGAUGAGCCGCUUCAUCCCGUUCCCCGCCUCGGCGAAGUGGGCUAGAAGUCUGAGUCCGCAGCAGAACUGCCCGCGGGCCCUGGACGGGGAUUGGCUGCUGGUCAGCGUAUCCAGCACUCUCUUCAGCCUCUCCGGCCUGCUGCGACCACAGCGGGAGCCUCAGCGGGAGCUUGUCUUCAUCACCAUGGCAACAGUGGUGCUGACCGUCCUCACCCAUAACCCCGCCCCUCGAGUCCAGCUGGGAAAGGAUGCAGUGCUGGACCUGCGCUUCGCCUACGCACCCUCUGCCCUGGAAGGUUCUCCCUCUCUGGACGCAGGCCCUCCUCCCUUUGGGCUGGAGUGGCGACGCCAGCACAGGGGAAAGGGUCACCUGCUGUUGGCUGCCACCCCCGGGCUGGCCGGGAGAAUGCCACCAGCCCAGGAAAAGGCUACAGCAUUUGCAGCUUGGGAUGACGAUGAGCCCUGGGGCCCGUGGACUGGGAACGGGACCUUCUGGCUUCCGGCCGUGAAGCCUUCUCAGGAGGGUGUCUAUCUGGCUACUGUACACCUGCCCUACCUGCAAGGACAGGUCUCCCUGGAGCUGACUGUGCACAAGGCCCCCAGAGUGUCUCUAACACCAGCACCCAUUGUGUGGGCUGCCCCAGGAGAGGCACCCCCAGAACUGCUCUGUCUUGCAUCCCACUUCUUCCCUGCGGAGGGUCUGGAGGUCAAGUGGGAGCUCAGAGGCGGCCCAGGAGGAAGUUCUAGAAAGGUUGAGGGGAAGACGUGGCUCUCCACCAUCCGCCACCAUUCCGAUGGCUCUGUCAGCCAGUCUGGGCACCUGCAGCUACCUCCAGCCACUGCCAAGCAGCAUGGAGUUCACUAUGUCUGUCGGGUGCACCACUCUAGCCUGCCAGCAUCGGGGCGCAGUGCUGACGUCACUCUGGAGGUGGCAGGCUUCUCGGGGCCCUCCAUCGAGGACGGCAUUGGCCUGUUCCUGUCUGCUUUUCUCCUUCUCGGACUCCUCAAGGUGCUAGGCUGGCUGGUAGCUGCCUACUGGACCAUUCCUGAAGUCUCAAAGGAGAAAGUCGCAGCUGCCAGCCUGACCAUUCCCAGGAACUCAAAGAAGUCACAGUAAAGAAGUUCUCGUCUGUGGAAGCCACCCUCAUCUCUGGCCCAAAUGACUCCAGUAGCCCCUGCCCCAGAACAACAGCCCUCUUCUCUUCUCCCUCCAUUGAAUAGCUCGGAUUUUUUUUUUUAAAGGUUUUUUGUUUGUUUUAAUCUUUC